AUGGAAGUAAAGGGGAAAUCAGGUAUAAGCUUUUGCUGUGAGUCAGGACAAUUUGAAAGUUGCCUAAAGAGAUGCACACCAUCUGUGUUGCUGCUGUCCAGUUCGAAGGGAAACUCAGGUUCUUGCCUAAUGGCUGAAGCCCUUCACAGAAUGUCCCCCACCCCUACCAGCUGCCCACUGCCCCUCCCCCUCUGCGGAAUGUCUGGGGUCCUAUGUUCAAACCUAUUUAAAUUCAAAUUUUCACUGCUCCAUUUGGACUCCGGAGCAUCUGCUGAGCCAGGUCGCUCUCUUGGUCCUACCCUUGACUUUUCUCACUGCGGAAACUGCCAGACAGCGGUGGUCAGUGCCCAGCCUGAGGGGAUGGCUUCAAAUGGAGCAUACCCAGUGCUGGGACCGGCCGUGACCAUGAACCCUGGCACCUCCCUGUCUGUGUUCACGGCUCUGCCCUUCGCCACACCUGCUCCCGGCCCAGCACACGGGCCACCCCUCAUGACUGCAGGGGUUCCUACAGGCGGCCCACUGGUGCUGUCUGCCUUGCCCAGCACAUCUCUGGUGGCAGGACAGGAUGGCCACGGCCCAAGUGGGGCCGCGGCUUCCAACGUCUUUGUCCAGAUGAGGACAGAGGUGGGGCCUGUGAAGGCCCCUCAGGCACAGACCUUGGUCCUAACUCAGGCCCCCCUCGUCUGGCAGGCUCCAGGCACCCUCUGCGGAGGUGUCGUGUGUCCGCCUCCCCUACUGCUGGCAGCUGCUCCUGUGGUGCCUGUUAUGGCUGCCCAGGUGGUUGGGGGCACCCAGGCCUGUGAGGGAGGCUGGUCCCAGGGCCUUCCUCUUCCACCACCACCACCACCGGCUGCCCAGAUGCCCCGCAUCGUGUCUUCAGGGAAUGCUGGGCCAUGGCCACAAGGGGCUCAUGGAGAGAGCAGCCUGGCUUCCUCCCAGGCUAAGUCCCCGCCGGACAACUCCUGCAACCCCAAGAGUGUCUAUGAGAACUUCCAACUCUGGCAGCACUACAAGCCCCUGGCCCGGAGGCACCUUCCCCAGAGUCCUGACACCGAAGCACUUUCCUGCUUCCUCAUCCCAGUUCUCCGAUCCCUGGCCCGGCGGAAGCCCACCAUGACCCUGGAGGAGGGACUGUGGCGGGCCGUGCAGGAAUGGCAGCACACAAGCAACUUUGACCGGAUGAUCUUCUACGAGAUGGCGGAAAAGUUCCUGGAGUUUGAGGCUGAGGAGGAGAUGCAGAUUCAGAAAUCGCAACUGAUGAAGGAGCCCCAGUGCCUGCCUCCUCCAGCCCCACCAAGGCUUGAACCUCGAGGACUUCCAGCCCCUGAGGUGGACAAGCAGCCAGUGUACCUUCCCAGCAAGGCCGGCCCCAAGGCCCCGACUGCCUGCCUGCCACCACCCAGGACCCAGAGGCCAGUGGAGACCAAGGCCCGCCUGCCACCACGCAGGCCCCACCGGCGAGCAGAGACCAAGGCCCGCCUGCCACCACCCAGGCCCCAGAGGCCAGCGGAGACCAAGGUCCCCGAGGAGAUUCCCCCAGAAGUGGUGCAGGAGUAUGUGGACAUCAUGGAGGAGCUGCUGGGGCCUCCCCUCGGGGCCACAGGGGAGCCCGAGAAACAACGGGAAGAGGGCGAAGUGAAGCAGCCACAGGAAGAGGACUGGACACCCCCAGACCCGGGCCUCCUGAGCUACAUUGACAAGCUGUGUUCCCAGAAAGACUUCGUCACCAAGGUGGAGGCCGUCAUUCACCCCCGAUUCCUGGAAGAAUUGCUUUCCCCAGAUCCACAGAUGGAUUUCUUGGCCCUCAGCCAGGAGCUGGAGCAGGAGGAAGGACUCACCCUUACCCAGCUAGUGGAGAAGCGCCUCCUACCCUUGAAGGAGAAAGAGCAUGCGAGGGCAGCCCCUAGUCAUGGCAUGGCCCGGUUGGACUCAAGUUCUUCUAAGUUUGCAGCUGGCCAAGGAGCGGAGAGAGACGUCCUUGAUCCCCAACAAGGGGUUGGCAUGGAAACCUGCCCACCCCAGAUGGCUGCCCGGGACCCUCAGGGACGAGGCAGAGCCCGCACUGGCAUGUGCAGGUCCAAAGACUCUGCUGCGCUUUUAGGAUGUCAGGAUUCCCCUGGGCUGAGAGCUGCCCGGCCAACCUCUCCUCCCCAGGACCACAGACCCACGUGCCCCGGCCUGGGGACCAAGGACACCUUGGAUCUCCCUGGAGGGUCUCCUGUCAGGGAGUCACACGGGCUGGCUCAGCGGUCAAGUGAGGAGGAGGAGCUCCCCAGCCUGGCCUUCCUCAUGGGUCCCCAGCACAAGCUGCUGCCCUGGUGGCUACCCCAGAGCCCUGUCCCUGCCUCGGGCCUUCUCAGCCCAGAAAAGUGGGGACCCCAGGAAGCUCUUCAGUCCCAAUCUGCUCAGAGAAGAGGCCUCAGCCUAGCCACAAAGUCCAAGAAGCGACCUCUCUUCAGAAGCCCAUCCCCUGCUAAAAAGACACCCCACCCAGGGCCUGGGCUCAGGGUCUCUGGGGAGCAAUCCCUGGCUUGGGGGCUGGGUGGCCCCUCACAGUCUCAAAAGAGAAAGGGUGACCCCUUGGUCUCCAGGAAGAAGAAGAAGCAGCAUUGUAGCCAAUAG